AUGUCGACGAAGAAGACGGAGAUAAAAGCUGAAGGCUUCACCACGAGGGCCACCUUGAAGAACGCCGUGGUGGUGGGUCCGCCUGCAGCAGGGGCUUUUCGGGAACGCCCUUCCAAACCAACCACCUUUCGAAAGCUCUAUGAGCGUGGAGAGUUUCCGAUUGCACUGUCCCAUGACACCAAAGGCAACAGGAUUGCUUGGAAGGUGGACAUCGAGACGAUGGACUACCACCACUACCUCCCGCUGUUCUUUGAUGGUUUAUGUGAGACUGCUCAUCCGUACGAGUUCUUCGCCCGUCAGGGAAUCCAUGACAUGCUGGACCACGGAGGCUCCAAAAUCCUGCCUGUCAUUCCCCAGCUCAUCAUCCCCAUCAAGAACGCCCUAAACACGAGGAACAAUCAGGUGAUGUGCACCACCAUGAAAGUCCUGCAGCAUCUGGUGGCGUCUGGAGAAAAGGUGGGGGAGGCUCUGGUGCCUUACUUCAGACAGAUCCUCCCCGUUUUCAACCUCUUCAAGAACAAGAACAAAAACCUCGGAGAUGGCAUCGACUACAGUCAGCGGAAGAGAGAGAACAUUGGUGAGCUGAUCCAGGAGACGCUGCAGAUGUUUGAGCGCUACGGAGGAGAAGAUGCCUUCAUAAACAUCAAGUACAUGGUACCUACCUAUGAGUCCUGCAUUAAAAACUGAAGGGGGCAGUCAGCCUGACAUUGCACAGACUUUUCAUCGGUCCUUCUUCAUCUUCUUCCCACCUCUAAACUAAACCUUUAUCUUUAUCCAUCUCACGGAAAUUUGCCUCAUUAAAUAUACCAGCAUGUUUAAAACUGUAUCCAAGUAUUGUUUUGUUUUGGUUUAGUUUUUUUUAGCUUCUUUAGUGAUUUUUUUUCAAAGCUGAGAAGAAAUCCUUGGUGUGUACUGUCUUGUGUUUCAAAUCUUCUUUCAA